AAAAAGGAAAGAGUUAAAUCGAAGAAGAGGCGACCAAAAAGUUGUGGUAAAAAGAAAAAGAGACUCCGUUUAUUGCGCCAAAACCAGAGGAGGUUGCCUCUUCCCAUCUCUCUCUUCUCUUGAUCGAUCUCGCCGUUCGAUCUCCCUACAGGCGUUUGUUAGUUCCCUGCUCCGAUUCCAUUCCUGUCUGUUUAGGACACCACGACUUCUUUCUAAGACAUUUUCUAAUAAUAUCUACAACUAUGGAUCCUCCUGUGACGGAUCUUGAGAGUAUCGAAGAUCAGAAAGAAGGAGGACCUUCGUUUCACUGUGAUCUUUACGAUACAGAAGUAGUUCACAAGAUUGCUCAGGUUUUUCUCCCUGGAUUAGCCACCGCUUGUGUCGACAACACUACCGGUGAUAUCUUCAAGAGUCCAGGUUCUGUCGCUGCUGACAUCCGAAAAGAGAUGAUCGAUUACAUGACUAGUAGAAGCGAAAGCUUCGUGGCUGAACACAUUGUUCUUCAAGGUGGUUCGGAGAUUGAAGCUUCUCAUGAUCCUUUUGACAUUAUAUCUGACUUCAUCGAUGAUUUCGCCACUUCUAAGCGUAACCUCUUCAGCCGUGUUUCUGGUUGGAUGCUUAGCGAGAGGAGAGAAGACAACAUCGAUGAUUUCGCGCAAGAGAUGGAGAUAAGUGGGUUCUGGUUGACGGAUCAUAGAGAAGGCAUUGCUCAGACUUUGCUUAGAAACGUUGAUUUUAAAAACACUUCUCAUUGUGAGAUGAAGUUCCAAACACAAGGAGAACUCGCCAAGCACGCCUUGAGUUGUGGGUAUAGAACAAUGAACUGUGAGAACGAGGGUUGUACUGCCGUCUUCUGCGCGAAUCAGAUGGAGAAUCAUGAUUCUGUUUGCCCGUUCAAGAUCAUUCAGUGUGAGCAGAACUGCUCGGAGAGUAUAAUGAGACGUGAAAUGGAUAGGCAUUGUAUAACCGUAUGUCCUAUGAAACUUGUGAACUGUCCAUUUCAUUCUGUUGGUUGUCUCUCUGAUGUACAUCAAUGUGAGCUCCAACAACAUCAUUUGGAUAAUGUAAGCUCUCAUUUGAUGUACAUUCUCCGGAGCAUCUACAAGGAAGCAUCUCCUGAUGAUCUCAAACCCCGAGCUGAACAGAUACAGCAGUUGUCUACUCGGCUGUCUGAAGCCAGGAAUGCAAGAUCACUAACGAAUCUGGUCAAGGAACUUGAUGCAAAGCUGGGGCCUUUAGAUAUCAAACCAAAGAAGAUUGUUACUGACUCGGAGUCUGAUAAACCUGAAAGUACAGAAAAGAAAGAUUUAGAAGAAGCUGAGACUAAAGAAAAACCGGAGAUGAGUAACUUGAAAGCUGGUUUACUGGAGCAAACCGCAAGGGAAGCUCCGGAAGAUGUAGUAGUUUCAAAAGAAGUAGAUGAUGCAAUGGUGGAAAUAGCUGCAAAUAAAGUUUCAGAAGCUGCAAAUAAAGUUUCAGAAGCUGAGAUAGCAGAGAAUGUUAAUGAAGAAGGAGAACUAAAAGCGCAGAAGCUUUUAGAAAUUGGUGAGUUCAUCAAAGAAGGAGAUAACAACUCUGCAGAUGAUUUAUCAGAGAGAACUGAAACCAAAGCUCCAGAAGUUGUAGUCAUGGAUGAAGUUAGAGAGGAGGAGGAGAGUGCAGAGACAAAAGACUCGAGAACAAUUGAAACAACCAGAGGUUUUGAAGUUGAAGUCAAUGCGAUGAGUAAUGAAGAUCAUAGAGAGACAAAGAAAUCAACUGAAACUGAUACCGAAGCUCCAUCGAGAAUAGUCAUGGACAAUAAGGAGGAUAAAGAGACAAUGAAGUCAAAGGCUAGUGCUUCUGAUGAAGCUGAAGCACUGUUAAAGAGUUCUCAAGGUUUUUCGACAGCACAAGCUGAAACUGUACCCAAUAUGUCUUAACAUCUUUUGUUGAGACAGACUCAACUCUUGAAGCUAACAUUGUGUGUUUGUUUUCUUUUCUUUUAACCGAGAUUGUUUGUUUUUACCUGUCUGAAAAAUAUUAGAGUCAUCAAUUGUAAUCCAGUUUUGUAUAACUUAAUCAAUUGAUUUGUUUGUUUUUGUGGUACUUCAUCAA